AUGGCUGUAGUUGGUAAAACACUUGUGCAAGGAACUUGUCUUUGGAGGCCCUGGCUGUCUUCCACAAAUGACCUCUUAAGGCAGGUGAGGAAACUGGUGGGCUGGGCUGCUCAUGGGGCAACAGCUGCUGAGGCCACCAAGGCUAACUCUGAGUUCCAUCACCCUGUCAGGCUCUUCUGGCCUAAAUCUCGCUCCUUCGAUUACCUGUAUAGUGCUGGGGAGAUUUUACUACAUAACUUCCCUGUCCAGGCCACCAUCAACCUAUAUGAGGACUCUAACAGUGAAGAGGAGGAGGAGGAAGAAGACGAGGAUGAAGACAAUGAAGAGGAGGAGAAAGAGGAGGCCAACAAAAAAGGGCCAGGAGGGUGUGCGAGAUUAUCAGAGUGUACACCACACUGGGUCACAGCUCACCCGCCCUCCCCUCCCCUGACCAGUCCAAACUGAAGCAGUCAGACUGGGGUUUAGUAUGCCUGGCACAUUUUUGAGGGCAUCAAUUAGCCAAGAGUCUCCAGGCACAGAUUUCUGGACUGAAAACUGUGUCCUCCAGUUACCCAGCUCACCCCUGGCUUCCAUGAGUGGCCUGUGAGGCUUGGCCUUGGGCAUCUCAUUGUCUGAGCUGCUUUUGGUAUCUACACUGGGAAGGUCCUAGGAGCUCUAGGGGAAGGAAGAUCUGCUUUCUGACAUCCCAAUGAACAGAACCGGACCCUAUAGAGAGGAAGCACCGACUCCUCAGGGCCUUUUGACCCGUCAGCCUUCUUAAGUGGCUACAUACACCAUUCUCUCCAAGCCUGACGGCUGGCUUCACAUCAGGGACCCCAGUACCAGAUCCAAGCAAAGUUGGGGUGCCUUUCUGAUGGUUUUGGCAGGAGGGGAAGUGAGCACAAGAGAAUCAGCUUGCUUUGGGGACCCCCUCCAUGUUUACUUGCUAUUAUCCAUUUAAGUCUAUGUGUUGGCAUGAGAUGAAUCAGAAGAAAAAUAAACUGG